UCCUGGGGCCGAAGAGGACUUCAGCGGCUUCUGCCAGAACCCAGCAAGGCGGUGGCGCCCGAGCCCCGAGACUCCGAUCGUUCCCAGCAGAGUCUUGGGACGCUUUCAGCUCUGACUGCGAGAGCAUCCUCCCUCCCCAGCCGUACAGAACCGCCGGCUGCGGCCUCCCAUCAGUUGCGCCUCCAUCUUUUGGGACCCGCGCACCUAAGCCUGGUUGGCUCUGGACAGGUCCUCGGAACCCGGCGUGGACUCUCCUACUGCAAAAACUCUCUCUGCUCAGAAACUCAGAAGCUGAGCCUUUCAGAGUCUGGCCGGUGCUCGCCACCGUCACCUGCUGGUUGGAUUCCGGAAACCCACUGUCUGAAGAACACGGGAGGGAAUCGCUGAUCACGCAGAAUCAGAAUCGCCUGGACCAGGAGGCUCCCUGACCCUGUCUGGCUGCCUUUUGUUCUUUCAUCCUUUCGGGGAUUUCUGUGUCCUGAAGCCCCCAACUGCCACCAAAGUAGCUGGGGUGAGCUACGAACUUUGCUGUCUUGUUCUCCAACCUCUGCCUCUAACGCAGCGGGUCUGAACGUUACCACCCAAUUCUUCCCAAACCCAGGAAAUUCUGCCUUUUCCUUCUCCUUGCCUGUCUCUUAUAUUCCCCAAAAUUUCCCCCCCUCCUGUGUCUUCUUCACCCCCUUCCUUUGGGGGCCCCGUGACCCUAAAUGUGGGGGGAACACUAUAUUCCACUACAUUGGAGACCCUAACACGCUUCCCAGACUCCAUGCUGGGGGCUAUGUUUAGGGCUGACACCCUAAUGCCAGCCAAUGUCAACCCGCAAGGAGACGGCCAUUACUUCAUCGACAGGGACGGCAAGGCUUUCCGGCAUAUCCUCAAUUUCCUGCGGCUCGGCCGGCUGGACCUGCCCCGUGGAUACGGAGAAACUGCGCUUCUCAAGGCGGAGGCUGACUUCUACCAGAUCCGGCCCCUCCUGGAUGCCCUGCGGGAAUUGGAAGCCUCUCGGGGUACACCUGCAUCCACAGCCGCCCUGCUCCACGCAGACGUAGACGUCAACCCCCGCCUGGUGCACUUCUCUGCUCGGAGGGGCCCACACCACUAUGAGCUGAGCUCUGCCCGGGUGGACACCUUCCGAGCCAACCUCUUCUGCACUGACCCGGAGUGUCUGGGCGCCAUGCGCAACCGAUUUGGUGUGGCCAGUGGGGACAGGGCAGAAGGCGGUCCGCAUUUUCGUCUAGAGUGGGCCUCCCGCCCGGAGGAACUCCCUGAAGUGGAAUAUCAAAGACUGGGGCUGCAACCACUGUGGACUGGGGGGCCGGAAGAUCGGCGGGAGGUGGUGAACACGCCUGCCUUCCUGGAGGAGGUGCUGCGGGUGGCUCUGGAACACGGCUUCCGUCUGGACUCUGUCUUCCCAGACCCUGAAGAUCUUCUGAACUCUAGAUCUUUGCGCUUUGUCCGCCACUGAAGACGCUACCCUUCACUCGACUAUGGGGAAAUGAGUCAGCCAAAGGGCUAAUGGCUCUCCCCAAAGGACUAAUGGCUCUCCCCACAGCCCCUUUCUAGUUCUGGUGUGAGAGCGAUGAGAGUCAGGGAUCCCACCAAACCUGACUGGAGCCCAAGAUGUCGUCUGGGAUUUCCGAACCCAGCUGCCUCCACUCCCAGCACUCACGAAUGGUCCAGAAGAUCCACACGGGGUCUUAUCCCGGGAAAGCAUCGUGGAUUCUCCAGCCUGCUCUUGUUGGGAAUGGGCCCUCUGUGUUCAAGCGUAUGGAAAAGUAAGGCAGCACCUCUUUGCCCAGGUUAGACCUAGCAAGACUCUGGAGGGUUGAGCACUAGGAUGAAGGACAUACUCUGAGUUACCAAAUGUGAUCUGUCCCCUAGACUGUGACUUCCCCUCGUAAGAGCUGGCACCUUAUCCUACUG